CCCUCGCCGCCCCGCCCCUCGCCGCCGCCGCCGCCUCGCCGGCCAUGAGGCCCAGCCGCCGCCGGCGCCCCAGCGCGGCCCUGCGUCGCGGCUGCUGAGCCUCCGCCCUCCCCGCCACCACCAUCGCCCUCUCCGCCAUCCCCUCCCCGCCCGGGCGGGGACCCCCCCCCCCUUCGCUCCCCUCCCUCCUCACAGCCGCCGCCAUGUUGGGCCGGGAGCCGCAGCGGGGCCGCCACUGAGCCCCGGAGCCUGCGAGGCGGAGGAGGAGGAGGAGGAGGCGGAGGAGGAGGCGGCGGAGGAGGAGCCCGGGGCCUGGCCGCCCCGCACAGCCCAGCCGGCCGGCCGCCCAGCCGCAGCCAUGGCGGAGCAGACCUACUCCUGGGCAUAUUCCCUUGUGGAUUCCAGUCAAGUGUCUACCUUCCUGAUUUCUAUUCUUCUCAUAGUCUACGGCAGUUUCAGGUCUCUCAACAUGGACUUUGAGAAUCAAGACAAAGAGAAAGACAAUAGCAGCGCGGCUGGGUCUUUUAAUGGCAACAGCACCAAUAACAGUAAGGGUAUUCAAACCAUUGAUUCUACCCAGGCGUUGUUCCUGCCGAUCGGAGCGUCUGUGUCUCUCCUAGUUAUGUUCUUCUUCUUUGAUUCAGUUCAAGUUGUCUUUACAAUAUGCACAGCAGUCCUUGCAACAAUAGCUUUCGCUUUCCUUCUGCUCCCGAUGUGCCAGUACUUAACACGGCCUUGUUCACCUCAAAACAAGAUUUCCUUUGGCUGCUGCGGGCGUUUCACUGCUGCUGAGUUGCUCUCAUUUUCUCUGUCUGUGAUGCUUGUCCUUAUCUGGGUCCUAACUGGCCACUGGCUCCUUAUGGAUGCUCUGGCUAUGGGCCUGUGUGUUGCAAUGAUAGCCUUUGUUCGGCUGCCGAGCCUGAAGGUUUCCUGCUUGCUACUCUCUGGGUUACUAAUUUAUGAUGUCUUUUGGGUCUUUUUUUCUGCCUACAUCUUUAACAGCAAUGUUAUGGUGAAAGUGGCCACACAACCAGCUGAUAAUCCCCUUGAUGUUUUAUCCCGGAAACUUCACCUGGGACCAAACGUGGGUAGAGAUGUUCCCCGUCUGUCGCUGCCUGGUAAACUUGUAUUUCCAAGUUCCACAGGCAGCCACUUCUCUAUGCUGGGGAUUGGAGAUAUUGUGAUGCCAGGUCUUCUGCUCUGCUUUGUCCUGCGUUACGAUAACUACAAAAAGCAAGCCAACAGUGAUUCCUGUGGUGCCCCAGGACCAGGGAACAUCUCUGGACGUAUGCAGAAGGUCUCUUACUUUCACUGCACACUUAUUGGAUAUUUUGUAGGUCUAUUAACUGCAACAGUAGCUUCUCGUAUUCACCGGGCAGCCCAGCCUGCCCUACUCUAUUUGGUACCAUUUACUUUAUUGCCGCUCCUCACCAUGGCCUAUUUAAAGGGCGAUCUACGUCGCAUGUGGUCUGAGCCUUUCCACUCCAAGUCCAGCAGCUCCCGUUUCCUGGAAGUAUGAUGGAACAGAUAGAAAGUGACCUGAACUUCUGCCUUGGUCCUUUUCACUUUAACUUGUGGCUUUGUCAUCUCCUAAAGCUGGACUGGCUGGUACUUGGGAAGGUACCAACUACGGGACUUGUAUGAAAGGACUUUGUAUUAAAAGGAGGAAAAGAAAAAAAAGCUAAGAUCCUGGAGCUCCGUGUGACUCCGUAUCUCCCUGCAGAUGUGGAACUGGGGACCCUUUGUGCAACUGCAGCCACUUUCCUCUUUUCCUCACUCGGAUGGAUUAGCACCAGACUAUUACCUUUGUGAGAGAGGAAGAGACAGACUUGAAACUGAAAACGGCUUGAAGUCGUUCAGAAACUUGUGAACACUAAAAGAAAUAACGGUUAAGCAAACUGAAGCUUCUUCAGAGAACCCCUCAUGGACAUUGGGACCAGUUUCCUGCUGGACUUCGGUUUUGAAAAGAACUGAGACAGAAGGUCUUCUGUCACAAUAUUGGGUUUUUUUGAUUUAUUAAAUAUUUCCUGUGGUGUGAGGUUACUUAUUAAAUCCACAGACAUUGAGUGACUUCUUGCAGUAUACAUAUAAAAAUUUGUUGUAACAAGUUACAUUUCCACCCAGAUGUCAUGUUGCAGUGAAAAAGGGCACGAUUUUUAUACAUAUAUAUACACACAUAUAGAUAUAUAUAUGAAUAAAUAAAAAGGAAAACCUGCUAAGAUCAUGCUAUGUAGCAGACAGGGGCUUGCUGUAAUUUUUAGCAUGUAGAGCAGUUUACUAUGGCUUUCUUGUGUAUGGAUCUACGAUGAGCUGCUGUUUUUUUCCCCCCCUCCUACAACGGAACCUGCAGUUUAAAAACAAGUGUAGUAUUUGUACUGAUUGUACUCAUGGACUUUAGGGGAUAUUUGAUUUUGAUCAAUGUAGCAAACUAGGGAAGAAAAAAAUUCAAACCCAACCCUGUUCGUUUGAGGGGGGAGGGAGUGGGGGUGUCUUUUUUUUUUUUCUUUUUUUUUUUAAUUUUCUUUUUUUACAAACAGCUCCCUUGCAGGUUUUUAGUAGUUCCUUCUUGACCCAGUGCAUGUAUUAUAGCAGCAACUGUCUUUGUGCUUUCUGAUCAUAGUAAUGUAUCACUUGUAAAUACAUUUUUUCUAUUUUCUA